AUGCUACUGGUACCGAUAUUGGCACCAUGGCGUUCCCUGGUACCAAAACUAUUGCUCGUUUUGCACCUACAGGGAUUCUCCGUCUCCGACUGUUUGACCAACACUCCUCUUGGUGUUUGGAGACCACAAGCACUGAGGGUAUCACCGGUAGUCCCGCCAUUCUCCCCGAGUCUUCCGUAUACGUAUUCCCGCGUGAGAAAUCCUCGUUCAGAGCUGCUUGCAGCCGAAGUCGAGGACGGUGAUGGGAUUUCCAAGGCUCUGAACCUGAUGCGUAGCAGCGCACGCAUCUACAAGGAGUUGGAGAAACAGGUCGUUGAUCCAGACCCAACCGUGCCAGAAGCUAUUGCAGGCAAGAAGAACGCAACCAAAGGUUUGCUUAACCUUAACUCUACCAAACCAAUGCUACCUCGCACUCAACGCAAUGGAACCUCAGAGCUAGAGCCAGAAGCUAUUCAGCGCUUGGUUCAGGAACGUUUGGAUGCAUUCGAUGCCAAGGCCAAACGCACCCGAGCCGUCUUGCUCAAAAAAGUCGCUAAUUGGGCAUACGAUACCUGUGCCGAAACCAAAAAGGACAAAAAGAUUGAUCAGGCCGCACUUUACGCGGGAACGCUCCUCGUUCACCUCCAUCUCAGCAAAUAUGUUGGGGUCGCUGCAUGUCUUCCUCCCACGCGAGAGCAGGUCGAUGAACUCUUUGAAUUGGCCGAUCAGGAUCAAUCAGGUCAUCUCAAUCGAGAAGAAUUCUCAAACGCUAUCGUCGUCGCUUGCACGCCCAUCUCGAUUCGAGUCGCAAUCUACUGGUCCUUGCUGACCGUCUUACCCAUCGCAGUCUCCUCAACCAUGGGCGGCGUCACUCGAUUGAUGCAAGGAAACAUUGCCAGCUUGCCGCCAGGGAUUCUCAAGAGGGGUUUAUCUGUUGUGGAAUGGAUCAUACGCCACGUUUUCUCAAUCCUUUUCUUCUCGAUACUCGUACCCAAUCUAUUUGGAAGAGUGGACCGGGCCACACGAACUAACGCCAAACGACGCUGCGCGUCACAGAAUCAGUCCUCUUUAUGGUGGCUAAAACCACAAAGAUCAUAUCUCCAGCGAGUAGGAAACUCCAUCUACUCCUUGCAAGAUGCCGUCUUUGGGUCGGCAGCCACAACGAGCAACGGCAGCACCAAAAAAUCAGACGAGGACAAGGGCAAGGACAAGGAUGAAACACAAAUAAAAAGACAAAAACGAGAACCACCGCUGCCUUGGGGAGAUAGCUAG